AUGGGGAUCAUACCCGCCAUCUUUCUUCUAUAUCUGACGACGUCAGUACCUAGAGGUCAAAGCCUCGUGGCGAGCUUCCUGGAGAUGUACGUUGAUCCUCUCCCUCAGAUGCCCAAACUCUAUGGUUACGCCAACAAAGGUGGCAAACCCACCGCAACUUCCCUCAAAAUCGGCAUGUACCAGAAGACUUGGGUAUGUACAAAUAAAUAUAUAUAUUCGUUGUUUAUUACAUAUGUUUCAGUAUAUCUUCUUCUUGGCGCAGAAAUUUCACCGGGAUCUUCCUCCGACGCCCGUCUUCGUGUUCGGCGCCAGCGCCACCGCAGCGACGUUCCCCGGACCGACUAUCGUCGCGCGGCAAGGUGUACCCUUGACGAUCAGAUGGGAGAACUACCUCCCCAAAAGCCACAUUCUUCCGUGGGACAAAACCAUCCCCACUGCUGUCCCCAACAGAGGCGGAGUCCCCACGGUCGUCCACCUCCACGGCGGUAUCCACCCGCCGCAGAGCGACGGCAACGUCCUCGCCUGGUUCACCGCCGGUUUCGCCGAGAAAGGGCCGGCGUGGUCUCUGGCCAGUUAUACGUACCCCAACGUCCAGCCGCCCGGAAACCUUUGGUACCACGACCACGCCCUCGGGCUCACCCGCAUCAACCUCCUAGCAGGCCUCCUAGGCGCCUACGUCAUCCAAAAACCCUCUGUUGAUGAUGACCUGGGCGACAUCACGGAUUCCGAGUACGAUCGUCACCUCGUUAUCGUUGACCGGAGCUUCAACGCUGACGGCACGCUCUACAUGAACGCCACGGGGAACAACCCUUCUGUCCACCCGCAGUGGCAGCCUGAGUACUUCGGCGACGCCAUCAUAGUCAACGGGAAGGCUUGGCCUUACUUGACCGUGAGGCCCCGGAGAUAUCGCUUCCGGAUAAUCAACGCGAGCAACGCCCGCUACUUCCGUUUGUCGUUGGCCAACGGACUCCACUUCAUCGUCAUCGGCUCUGACUCGUCCUACCUCGCCUCCCCGGUGAGCACGCGCAGCAUAUUACUAGCACCGGCGGAGAUCGUCGAUGUGGUCAUUGACUUUUCCAGGUCAUCAGUGAACGUGACAGAAUUAGUCAACGAUGCUCCUUACCCAUACCCCACCGGCACGCCGGCGGGGCCUCUGAACGGUAAGGUCAUGAGAUUCCUGAUCAAGCCUGAGAAAGUCGGCCUAGCGAACAAUUUCACUGCCCCAAAGGAAGUGAACCACGCAGCUGUGGCCGUCGGCGACGCCACCGUCAAGAGGUACAUCACCAUGUAUGAGUACCUCAGCGAGUCGGGGCAGUCAACGCACCUCUACAUCAACGGCAGGAGGUUCGAGGAUCCGGCGACGGAGACACCGAAGCCCGGGACGACGGAGCUGUGGAAUGUCAUCAACCUCACUGGAGACAACCACCCCCUCCACAUCCACCUGGGUAUAUUGCAGGCCAUAAGGGUGCAAGAGCUGCUCGACCUGCCCACAUUCUACAACUGCAUGACGACCAACAACGAUGCCGUGAAGUGCAACGUCGCCGCCCAUGCCGUCGGUAAGCUGCUACCUAUCCCUGAACACGAGAAGACGUGGAAGAACGUGGUGAAGAUCGAGCCGGGGUUCAUGACCAGCGUGGUGGUGAAGUUCAAGAUCGUUGACACCAAUCAAAGUUUCCCCUUUGACGUCACCACCGAGCCUGGUUACGUCUACCACUGCCAUGUGAGUCUCUCUCAUUGACCUCUUUGAACCCAUCGGAAUAGCCCCACGUCGAAUAAUUUACUAAGUUUGCUGAAGGCACUAACUUUUUGCAGAUCUUGGAUCAUGAAGACAACUCCAUGAUGCGUCCACUCAAGUUCAUAGCCUGA